CAAACACUAGUUAACUCCCUUUGUUUAUGACACACCAUUUGCUGAGAAAAGUUUGGAGUAUUGUACGUAUCUUGACAUCAACUGUUUCUAAGAUUCUGGAUUUUGAGGUAAAACAUGACUCGGCAUUCACGAAACUGUACUGCAGGAACAGUAUACUCCUAUCAUGAAAGACAGAAAGAUCAGUCACAAUCAGGAUACGGAAGUAAACAGUUGAGACUUGGCAAAGAUUCUGUGAAGGAAUUUGACUGUUGUUGUCUUACACUGCAGCCAUGUAGAAAUCCUGUUGUCACGAAAGAUGGGUAUUUGUAUGACAAAGAGGCAAUCAUAAGUUAUAUUCUACAGAAAAAGAAAGAAAUUGCUCGAAAACUUAAAGAAUAUGAGAAACAGAAACAAAAAGCUAAGACAGAAGCAGAGGAGAUUCAGAAGUUAGAAGAUGAAGAAAAAGUCAAGAAAUUUUCCAGCCGAACUCUUGAAGCUCCGUCUCUCAAAGAUAACAAGCCAGGUCCAAGUGGUCAAGCUUCAGUAUCAAACAUGAAAGAUGGAAAGAAGAAAGAACUACCAAGUUUCUGGAUUCCCUCCCUUACCCCACAUGCAGGCCCAAAAACAGAGGAAAAGCCUGAUGAGAAAGUACGGUGUCCAAUGAGUGGUAAACCAAUCAAGCUUAAAGAUCUGAUUGAUGUUCACUUCACAGACAUCAAGGAUAGAGAUUCGAAAACAGCCCUCAUUAACAAACAGGCAAGGUAUGUUUGUGCAGUCACUAAUGAUGUCCUAGGCAACUCUGUUCCGGCUGCAGUUUUAAGGACCUCGGGAUGUGUAGUCACAAUGGACUGUGUUGAAAAAUUGAUCAAGAAGGACAUGUUAGAUCCCAUAAAUAGUAAAAAGAUGACAGAAAAAGAUAUCAUACAGCUACAGAGGGGAGCAUCUGGAUUUUCUGGUUCAGGUUUGUCAUUGGAGGCGAAGAAAGAAGGAGCCGCUAUGCAAGCAUAGUAUUUGAGGGAAAAAACAAAACUGGAAUAGUUCUUCACCAAGGGCACUUGAUUUGCUGGCUAUUUUAUAGUGACAUUCAGCUGUUUUUAAAUAUGAUUACUAAAUUGUAAUAUUGACCUCAAAUAAAUAACAUCUUCUAAG